AUGAGCAGCAGGGAGGGGUUUGGAGGUUGUGAUUCCCAUUAUAGCAUGAGUACUCGAGAUGUAAGGGCAACUCCUAGAAGGCAUACGAGGAAUCCGCGACACAGUAAGAGCGCACUAGAUGUGGACCUCAAUGCUGUGCCAGUGAGUGAGAACGCAGACCAGGAGGGGACUUCGGCUCAUGGGGGGUCUCAGAAUGUGCAAGCUGGCCUACAACGCAGCUCUGUACCAUCUGUGGCGAUUGAUCUCGAAGCUUUUGAUGAUGAUGUUAUUAUAUCUUCUUCCAGUGCAUUUGCUGAAGCUAAAACCAAUUCCAGAAAGAAUCGUGGAAGGACUGUCGUAGUUGAUGUAGAUUCAGGUAGUCCAAGUUUUUCUUUACUAUUUCUGUUUACAGUUGUUUGUGUAGCUCUUUGGGUAACUCUGGAAUCCAACUGUGGUAGAGCUUGUUGGCAGUAA